UUCAUUCAUUAGACAUAUGUAGAGAAUUGUGUUGUGUGCGGAGUUGCGUCGUGGGUUUUUGUGGAGGAAAUUAAUUUGAAUAAUGAUAUCAGCUGGCUAACUCUAUUUUGUGCAAUACCAGAAAACCGAUCGUGCUAUAUAACUCCCAAACAUGUCAGGGAAAUACUGUCUUGUCCCGUGUUUAUAACAUUUUCGGCAAACGAAAUAGGAUGGCGCCAUCAUUCUUUGCUAUGUUGUUGUUUAUUGUAUUAUUACAUCUAUUUGGUGUUUUAGGAGCAUAUAGUGUAAAAUGUAUUAAUGAAAGUUAUUACGGUACUACUUUCAAACCUUCCGUGGACGGGGUAAAGGGGCGAUACGAUGUAGAAUGGUGUACUAUUGGGAGUGUAAAUGCAACACAAUGGGAUUUAAUUUUAUCGUAUAAUUUAGCAAGGAAACAGAAGAAUUGUAAUAAUAGGACUCAUCCGGCGCAAAAACAUUCAGAAUUUACAUAUCAUUUUGCUCCUGAGGAUGUCAACUGUACUCAUAUGUGUUUUUACACUACACUGGACAAUGUUUUCUCCGGAUGCUUCAUACUGGAGAACUGGCUGCCAGCCCGAGGCACACAGCGCAGUUUCCAUGGACAAUACAUCACCAAUGAUUACACUAUCAAAUCAUUUACAGACAACAUUAUCAAAGCGGAUGCUUUCACUCAUGAAAAGUAUGUGGCAGUCCACUGGCACCUCGGCAACGUAGUCGCCGUCGACUUCGAAAUGACGCUGUGUUCUGUAAACCGCACCACUUCACAAAUCCAUGAGAAAGAGAAAGACUGCACCCAAGUUAACGACAACUGUACUGUACUAGAGAACAAUCCACACGAAAUAGUCUGCAAGUUAAGUGACCUGAACGGCGCCUACUUUAUGGCGUUAACUCUGUUCGCACCCUGGACGGUGGCGGGCAAUUUGAAAAACAAUCAGUAUUCACAUUAUAGUUUUGAGGUGGCGGACGCGGCGACCGCGGGGAUAAGGACGGGCGGAUGGCGCGCGGGCGCGGCGGCGACCGCGCUGGCGCUGGCGCUGUGCGGCGCAGGCGCGGGCGCGGCCUGGCUGUGCGCCAGGCGCGCGCGCGCCGCCCGCCGUCUGCAGCGCGCCGUGCUGCACAGCUGGCGGCAGCGCAAGCCGGGCGCCGACGGCGAGACGGAGCCGGAGCCGCAGCCGGAGCCGGGCGCGGCGCUGCUGCUGUACGCACGCGAGCCCGCGCCCGGCGCCGCGCUGGCGCGCGCGCUCGCGGACCUGCUCUCCAGCGCCGGGCUGCAGGUGUUUGACCUGUACAGCCCGGAAGUGGUGAGCAUGAGUGCUGCGGCUCCCGCGGACUGGCUGCGGUCCAUGCUGGAGCGGGAUGACGUCAGCGUUGUGUUGCUGCAGACUCCCGCCCUAGCUGCUAUGUAUGGAGACAGGAGCGUGCCGCUGCAGACAGGCUGCGGCGCUCAGACGGCGCUGCUGCGGGCGCGCGCGGCGCCGGCGGAGCCCGCGCCCGGCGACGCGCUGCUGGCGCUGGCGCUGCGGCUGCUGGCUGAGGACGUGCACACGCCGGCGCCCUACAACAAGUACUUCUUGGCGCAACUGGAGUCGCUGGAGACGGACGCGCUGCCGCACACCGUGCCCUUCCGGCGCUACGCCGUGCCCCGCGCCGCGCCGCGCCUGCUGCUGGACCUGCUGCGCCCCCAGCGCCCCCAGUGCCCCCAGCGCCCCGAGUGCCCCCAGCAGCCCCAACUGCGCGCGCUCGAGCGCGCGGCGCACGGCUUCCUGCGCCGCGUCGCGGCCGACCCCGGCUACUUGAAGGACCACCUUCUCAUUUUGGAUUAGAUCUCUCCUGCGUCCUGCACUGUGAGGCUCCAGUGCUCCUCGUCCAGGACGCGGAAGCGACUUCUGCCUGGUAAACAUCGGCCCCGAUCGAAAAUGGGUUCCCGCCCGGUCUAUGCCCGAGUGUCGACCCAUCUGGCCUUAAAUGUACACAAAAACUACAUUAGCGCUGAGGCUAUACCUUAUUUGAAAUGUGAAAAUAAUUUAUAAAAAGAAAUACAAAAUUUGAGUCAAUAAAAAUGGUAAGUAAAUCGAAAUGUACGUACUUCCGUCGUACUACGCCUUACAAAUAUUACGGAGGUUGUAAUUAUUUAGUGAUGGUAACAGGUACUUACUAAGCUACUUUAACACUCACUUUCCUCAUGCAAUAUCUGCGACGCGCAUUUGUAAAAUGUAUUUGAAAUAUUUAGUGUACCGGUCAAGCACGUGUUUUGUAUCUUUUGAUUACCAUCAUAUACGGGCAAUUAGAACAAUUUAGAAAUAUAGUAGUUUCAUUUCUUCAUACUAUAGAAAAGCAACGGAAAGGACUUUCAAUAAAAACUUAGGUUGAAAUACUACCUUGAUCCAUAUUACAGGAUAUUUUAUUGUGCGUUGAAAUGUUAUUUUUCUUUAGUAUUCUCAAGUGAUAUCCGACGCGUGCAAGCACAAGGCGCCCUGCAGCUUUCGAUAGAAAGAGGCAUGUUAAAUUCAAAUCAUUUAUUCAGAAAUUAGACCUACACAGGCACUUUUACACGUAAUUUUUUAUAUUCAAUAGUUAUUUCUAACAAGCUACAAACUACUUGCAUUACGUAACGACCACUGCUGAGAAGAAAUGCCGAAAGAAAAUAAUUUGAACAGUGUUGGUAUAUGGCUAGAAGGGCGUACCAUUACUGUUUCUUACAAUUUUUUUUCUAAUAAUUUAAAAACUACAAUAUUUACAAAGUUCACUAAGUCUGGUGAUAUUUUGAUAACAUUGUGUUUAGAAGGCAGUGUGACCAUUCCCAUCUUGUCCGAAUGAACACUCGCGUAAUAGGUCAUAAUAAAAGGUUUGCUCAGUGCUUUAUACUGACGAACCGAGAUAAUUUAAAUUAAGAAUUUACAAAAACAAAUCAAUUUUCCCUUUUCAGUCGCCAAUAUUUAAUUAUAUUUCUUUAUUUACUAUCAAUUCAAUAGGCAGCGGCCGGAACACUAGACUUCCUCAAAACGCAUGCUAUAUAAUUUCUACAAGUGAUAACUACGAGAUUUGAAGACGUCUUUGAAUUUACAAUAAUCUUUAUAACGGUUUGACACGAGAACAAAAUACCUCCUCUUGUGCUUCCAUAAUACAUUUUGUAAUAUUAUUUUGAGUCACUAUUUUUAUAUGUCUUUACAAGAUUGUAUAUUUUGUAAGAGUUCCUUUUAAUAUUGGUGUUUUUGUAUGAAAUUUUAAAUCUACUUAAGUCGUAAGUUUUGUACAUAAAGUCUAGCAUUGCAUGUUAUGUUUUGUGUUUGAAUGUGGUUAUUAUUGCGAUGAAAAGUACAACAGAUCUACUCCAAAAUGCAUUUUAUGUGUGGUAACAUAAUACUAUAAGUUAAUUUGGUUUUAUAGAAGAUCAUGAUAUUGUAAAGGUUUUAUUAAAAAUGAAACUCAAAAAAUCUUAGAAAGUCGAUCUUAUACCGCGUUCAUAUAUUCUGACUGAUUUCUUACCUCAGUGCCUUACCACGGUAACAAUAUAUUUGUUAUUAUUUUAUGCUCUAUACUUUCGUUCGACAAUCCUCUUUUAUAAAAGGAUUUUAGAACUAAAGUUUUGUAAGAAAUUAGAGUUUAUAUUUCUAAUUGUUUAUAUGAAUGCUAUCUCACUUUAACAAAGUAACAUAUUGUAAUUUAACAACAAAUGAAUGUAGUAACUACAGCAGCGUGUAUCCAUAUGUGUUCAGAUGUAAGUGUUGUUGUGUUCCGCGCCCGGCGUGUCCAGGAUUGGCGGCAGGUUCGAUUAUUUAAUCUAUUAUUUCUGUAUUAGCAAAUUUGAUCGAUUAAAAUUAAAAAUAACAUUAAAAAAACAAAUGCUAAUUUAAAUUAUGGAAUAUAUUACUUGUGACUAUUAUGAUUAAGGACUGUAAGUGUAAAUACUCCUUAAAAAAUUGUGACAUCACAAUAGUGCAUAAAAUCCUUUUACAAAUCUUUUCAGCACUUUUCUGUCCACUGAACACUUGACAUACAUAUAUGGCAAUAUUUUGCCUAUUAAAUUUUAUAAUUUUAAAGAGUAAAAAUCCCUUCGUUAUACUGGUCACACCGGCGGCGGACUGUUUCAAAUGAAUUUAAUGCGUUAUUGUUAUACUAGUAUUUAAGAGAAUAUUAGUUUAUGAAAAUAAAAGCAUUUUCUUUUGUA